AUGGCGUGUAUGAUGGCAGGUGCUGAUUUUAUAAAGACAUCAACUGGCAAGGAAGGUGUGAACGCCAACUUUGUGGUGGCUCUAGUCAUGGUUCGUGCAAUCCGGGAUUACUUCCAACUAACUGGACUUAAAGUGGGUUUCAAGCCAGCUGGAGGAAUCCGAAGUGCUAAAGAUGCCUGCACGUGGUUGUCUCUUAUGAAGGAAGAACUAGGGGAGGAAUGGAUGAAAAAUGAUCUGUUCAGACUUGGCGCUAGUUCUCUCCUGGGUGAUAUUGAACGCCAGAUCUUCCAUUACGUCACGGGGAGAUAUGCUGCAUCCCACGAGUUGCCAAUGGCGUAAUCUUGCAGCAGCAAAGACAUUUUCCAAAAAUAGGCGAGGCAUAUCUAUGUAGGCAAGGCAAGGGCUGUUUUACUACUACAGGACAUAAUUUUCACAGCUGCACCAGUUGAAGAUAUUGAAAAUUGAUUUUCUGCAAUAUUUUGCCUCACCUAAAUUAUAUGUAUCAUCGCACAUGGAUUGUAUAACAUUGCCAAUCAAAAAACGAUAAAUAAUCAAGAUAUUUACAUGUACUUGAAUAUGGUCAUGGGUAUAUUAAGACAAGGUACAUAAUAAGGCCCAUGAGCUAAUAGUACCUCAUUAUAGACUGUGUAUUCUUAAUAAUGAAUUGUCAGUAAUAAUCACAGUGAAGUUUACUGAAUAUAUAUGGACAAGGUUAUCCAUCAGUAAAAAUUGAGAAACUAUGGUGAAACAUCUCUGUUUUGAAGAGGUUUUUUAAGUAUUCGUAUUGUAUAGGUACAUUGUAUGUGAUUUAUGCAUUUCAUUUUAAGGCAGCUAAACAUUUCUAAUAACAGU